AUGGCCGACGAGGCAGGGGAAACAAACACAGCUGUUGAGGAUGGUGAAGCCAAACAGGCAGAAGAGCCCGAAGUUUUGGGAGAUGCGACAGACAGCGAGGCCAGCGGCGACGGACGGGGGCAGAAAGAGAAGCCGGUAGCAGAGAGCAGCUGGUCGGCCCCCAUCCUGUCUCUGGCUCGGAAGGCCACGGAGACGAUAAGCAGCGGGGUGAGUUACGGUGCUGCUCUUAGACACCCCUCAACCGGAUCCACUGCCAGCUCCCCGACGGAGAAAGAGCCCGAAAAUGACUCCAGCAGCAACAGCAGCGCUAGUAAAAUACUUCCAGUUCUGCCAGCCAAAGACUCCAUGUCGAUAGAGAGGUCCAACCUCCUCAGCAUGAUGAAGCUGAGCAUUAAAGUGUUAAUCCAGUCCUCCCUGAGUCUUGGCAGGACGCUGGACUCUGAUUACCCACCACUGCAGCAGUUCUUUGUGGUGCUGGAGCACUGCCUCAAACAUGGCCUGAAAGCCAAGAAAACCUUCAUCGGCCAGAAUAAGUCCAUAUGGGGACCUCUGGAGCUGGUGGAGAAGUUGUGUCCAGAGUCCUCUGAUAUUGCCACAAGUGCCCGAGAUCUGCCUGGCCUUAAGACGGGUUUGGGCCGAGCAAGGGCCUGGCUGCAUUUAGCUCUCAUGCAGAAGAAAGUAGCCGACUAUAUGAAAGUCCUGCUGGACCACAAGGAUCUCCUGAGUGAGUUCUACGACCCUGGAGCGUUGAUGAUGGAGGAGGAGGGAACAGUGAUUGUGGGGAUGCUAGUGGGCCUCAAUGUCAUUGAUGCCAACCUCUGCAUUAAAGGGGAGGACCUGGACUCCCAGGUGGCGGUCAUUGACUUCUCCCUUUACCUGAAAGACCCUGCCAGCAGUGAAACUCCAAAGGAUGACGCUAAGAUGACAGCCAUAUUAGAUCAGAAGCACUACAUUGAGGAGCUAAAUCGUCACCUAAGUGGCACCGUCACAGACCUUCAGGCUAAGAUGGACUCUCUUGAGAAGACCAACAGCAAACUUGUAGAGGAGCUGACAGCAGCUACAGACAGAAUCAACUCUCUGCGUGAUGAACAGGAACAGCUGAAAAAGGAGAAUGAGUCUAUCUUGCAGUCCAGCCAGAAGAAGGAAGAGGCAACUCUACUGGACAGCCAGGUGGAGCUGGAGACAUACAAACAGACACGGCAGGGCCUGGAUGAGAUGUACAACGUGGUGUGGAAGCAGUACAAAGAGGAGAAGCGCAUUCGCCAGGAGCUGGAGCGCGAGCUGGAGCUGCAGGUGGGGUUGAAGCAAGAGAUGGAAGUGGCUAUGAGGCUGCUGGAGAAAGACACCCACGAGAAGCAGGACACGCUGGCAGCCCUGCGCCUUCAACUUGACCAAGUCAAGACCCUUAACCUGCAGAUGUUCCACAAAGCACAGGACUCGGAGCGAGAAGCGGAAAAAAAGCAGGAAGAAGCAGUGCAGCUGGAGCAGAAGAUGAGUGAAAUGGAGAAAGCAAUGAGGGACCUAGAGCAGAGGCUACAGAACUCAGAGCAGGAACGCAGACAGAGUGACCAGUCGGACAAAGACAUGAGGUCCGAGCUGGAAGGCAAAGUGGAGGCUCUGCAGAAACAGCUGGCUGACCUGGAUACACUGAGGCUGGGUUUGGAGAAUGAGCUGCGCACUGAGAAGGAACAGAGACAAAGCAUGCAGAAAGCUCUCCAGAGGGAACAAGACAACAGCGUCGAGCUCCGCACACAGCUGCAACAACUUCAGGGGCUCCAUGCAGAGCUGCAGGAUCUGAAGCAGGAGAAGCAGCAGCUGCAGCAGAUGUGUGAGCAACAGGAACAGGCUCUGCAGGAGAUGGGCUUGCAUCUCAGCCAGUCUAAACUCAAGAUGGAGGACUUCAAGGAGGUCAAUAAAGCCCUGAAGGGCCAUGCCUGGCUGAAAGAUGAUGAGGCCACUCACUGCAAGCAGUGCCAGAAGGAGUUCUCCAUCUCUCGCAGAAAGCACCACUGCCGAAACUGUGGAGACAUCUACUGUAACAGCUGCUCCAGUAACGAGCUGGCGUUACCCUCCUACCCUCGGCCCGUUCGGGUGUGUGACGUCUGCCACUCACUCCUGCUGCAGAGAAGCUCCUCCACAGGCUCCUGACACAACACACACCAAACUCUCACGCUCUCAAACAUAACCAUUCUAACACUGCACAUUUACUCACCUUCACUCUAAAAUUCAACUACUUGUUUUUUUUUUUUUUUUUAAAUGAAAUCUUGUUAGGGAAAGUGAUUUUGGAGCAUUGAAUUUGCGCUCUUACCUUAAAUUCAGGAAUACUAGAUUAUCUGUGUACAUCUCUGAUUAAGGGGCCACCUUUUUGUGAUUCUCACCACUGAGGGGAUGAGCGUACAUGGUUUCUGUAGACUAAGUUCAGAUAACUUGCCUUUGCUUAGAAUUUGAAAAGGUGCACAGUAUUCAUAUGAUUUGUCUCUUCAUCAGACAGUUAUGUUGAACAGGACUGGAAUAAGAAUUUGGAGAACAGUUGACACUAAAACUGAUUAAUUUAAUAGGUCACUUUAUAGCUUAUGUUGAGUUCCCUUUAAAAUUCUCUGUAGAUUAAGUUUUACGUCUAUGGAGAGCUAUUUGCAUAGUUGGUUUAUGGAAAGAAGGUGUAAAAUUAAUUCAUAUUGUUCAACUUGUCCACAGUUAUUAGGCCUUUUCUUCAUGACUCCACAAGAAGAGUGUACAGACGAUGCAUCGCUUAACAUGACAUGCAAAAUACUUAAAACAUGAAAAACUGUAGAAUGUUGACAUUAAUGAAGAAACUAUUUUAGAAUGUAUAAUGUGGUUUUGUGGAUUCUGUCAAGUGCUACAAAGCCAUUUUCUUAAUUAAUUUGGGCAUAUUUUGACCAAGUUUUCUACAGAUAUUUGAUAAAGAGAAACUGAAUUCAA